AUGUUGUCAAGAACUAAUAGUAUGCCGUGGAUGGAUAGAAACAAAGAAGUAGAAGAAACAAAUUUAUGGACUCAAAACAAUAACAAUGGCGGUAUGGAGAAUAAAGAUGAUGCAGAACUUGGUGCACUUUCUUCAUUUAAAUCUAUGAUCGAAGCUGAAAAUGAAGCCGGCUGGUACAUGUCGGUCACCGCCACUCCCACCGCGGCCAACAGCCAUGAAAUAGACAUGCAUGGCGGCAGUCAUCUUGACCUGGGUAACAUCUCUUUUUCACCCAAGUUUACUGAUGCUGAUAAUAAUCAUCCGGUUUUACAGCAAGUGGAUUCUUCUGCUUCAUGCUCACCAACAUCUGCUUCGGUUCUCAAUUCUUUGGAUCUAUCUCAUCAGUUAAACUAUUUUCUGCCACUAAAAUCAACACUAAUGAAUCCAAUUCACAGAAAUCUUUUAGAGGAGACAUUUGAUUUGGGUCGUGAUCAUAGGUUUCUUGAAAGUGCUUUCAACCAGGGAACUGGGAUGCUGAAUAAUGGUUUUAAUGAUUUAAGUACUCAAUCCCAAAUGGGCACUCUUAGUUGGAGCUCUAAUAAUCAGUUUUCAACUAAUAAUUUGCUUCAACAGCCUCAAUCUAGUGGGGGUUUUGGAGUAAUGGGAUUUGGAGAGGGUUCCAUGGAUGGGAAUCCAUUGUUACUUAAUAGGUCUAAGAUUUUGAAGCCACUUGAUGGUUUUGCUUCAAUUGGAUCACAACCCACACUCUUUCAAAAAAGGGCUGCUCUAAGGAAGAAUCUUGAUAGUGGGAGUGUCAGCAAUUUGGGGGCUUUGGGUUUAGGUGGUGAAAUCAAUCAUUCUCGAAGUUCUACUAGCCUUGAAGGCUAUGACAAGAAGGGGGAAUUUAGUGACGUAAAUGAGAGGAAGAGGAAAAACAGUAGCGGGGAUGAUGGGGAGGAUUUUAGCAUUGAUGGGUCCAAUUUGAAUUAUGACACUGAUGAUCUAUUUCUGGAGAAUAGUACUAUCAAUAAGGUGGAAGAGAGUGGUAAAAAUGGUGGAAGUGGCUCGAAUGUUAAUAGCAGUGUCACCUGUGGUGGUGGUGGUGGAGAUCACAAGGGUAAGAAGAAGGGGUUUCCUGCGAAGAAUUUGAUGGCUGAAAGGCGACGGAGGAAGAAGCUCAAUGAUCGGCUUUACUUGCUGAGGUCUGUUGUACCAAAGAUUAGCAAGAUGGACAGGGCCUCAAUCCUAGGGGACGCGAUCGAGUAUUUAAAGGAACUGCUGCAGAAGAUCAAUGACCUGCAUAGUGAACUGGAGUCCACCCCUUCUAGCUCUUCAUUGUCUCCACUCUUGAAUGUCUAUCCUUUGACGCCUACAACACCGGGCCUUUCCUGCCGUAUCAAGGAAGAACUAUAUCCAAGUGCAUUUGCUAGUCCAUUAUCUAGCCCAGUGGGACAAUCCACCAGGAUUGAGGUAAGGAUAAGAGAAGGGAGAGCUGUAAAUAUUCACAUGUUUUGUGGGCGAAGACCAGGCCUUUUGCUCUCCACUAUGAUGGCUCUGGACAACCUUGGCCUAGACAUUCAACAAGCUGUGAUUAGCUGUUUCAAUGGGUUUGCAUUGGAUAUCUUUCGAGCUGAGCAAUGCGAGGAUGGUCAAGACCUCAAUCCAGACCAAAUCAAAGCAGUACUCCUGGAUUCUGCUGGCUUUCAUGGGACAGUGUAA